AUGUACCAGAAUGCGCGCGAUCUCCUCAAAAAGAGAACCGCCGACUCGUCGAAAUCCACUGAAGCUGCGCAGAAAAAGACUCUUCGCCCGGUUGAAAAGCCCAAAGAUGAUCCACAUGAAUUCAAAAAGCCUGCACUAAAAAAAGUCGCAAAAAAAGAGCAAAGUGAAGGAGUUGAGGGAACAUUGGAAAGGACACAAUUGAAGAAAGUCGAGAGAAGAGCUGAUAGUGGAGUGUCGGAUCAUGAAGGAGGAUCGAGGAGGUCGUCGAUGGGAGAGGAUGUGUCUGAGGGAAAGAGUCGAGCCGGCACAUCCACCACAAGAGCCAAGACGCCGGCAAAGGACGGAAAUGAUCCGGAUAAUAAACCGAAAGAUGAUGAUAGUCCCGGACAAUCGAGGAGAGGAUCCAUGUGGGAGAGCGACUCGUCCCGUCGCGAUUCUGUCCGUCGUGGUUCUGUAGAUCUUCGUCGUGAAUCGAUCUCGGAACUCCUUGAGAAAGCUCAAACCCCGCUAAAAGCUGUUGGUGGAGCGGGAACUCCGGCGAAAAUUGUCGAUUUUGACGAAAGUGUCACUGUUCUUGAGAAUGAAACCGCAGCCCUGACCAUCAAAAUCGAAGGCGACCCGGUGCCAAAGAUUACAUGGAAAAAGGGAAUGAGAGAGGUGAUGAGCGGUGGCCGUUUCAAGCAGCAUACGAAUGGAGAGGAGAACAAAGCGCAUCUAGCGAUCAGCAAGUGUCGAAAUCAAGAUGAUGGAGUCUAUUCUGUGACUGUCUCGAAUUCACACGGUAGCGAUACCGCCGAGAUUAAACUCCUCGUCACCACCGACAACCAAGGAGGAGCAGAUUUUAGGGCAAUGCUCAAAAGAAGAGAUACCUCAAGUGGUCAACAAAAAGAGCCCAAAGAGAAAGAGUUGAGCGAGGCUGAGAGGAGACAGAGUUUGUUCCCGGGCAAAAAGGUUGAGCAAUGGGUGGAACCGUUGAAAGAUAAACGGGUUCAGCAAUUGACAGACAAAAUUGUCGAAUGGAAGUGCACGUACUCGCGGACGAACGCGAAAAUUCGCUGGUACAAAGAUAGGAAAGAAAUAUUCUCUGGUGGAUUGAAAUAUAAGAUUGUGAUCGAAAAAGCCACGUGCACACUCAUCAUCAAUAAUCCCGAAGUCGACGACUCGGGCAUGUACACUUGUGAGGCGAAUGGAGUAAAAACAAAUGCGAAUCUCGUUGUUGACGAGCCUCCAAUGAAGUACAGUUUCGUGAAUCCACUGCCAAACACACAAGAAGUUUAUCGCACAAAGAAUGGAGUCCUCACGUGUAAAGUCAACUCAGCAAGAGCACCGUUGAAAUGGUUGAGAAAUGGGAAACCGAUUGAUGAAAAUGAUAAGCGCUUUACGAUUGACAAGGAUCCUGUGGGUCGUUGCACGGUGACCAUUCACGAGAUUGUGCAAGAAGAUGAGGGAGAAUGGACAGCGUACAUCAGUGAGGAUGUACUAUCGAAAGUUCAAGUUUAUGUUGAAGAGCCACGAGACACUUUCGUGAUCCCAUUGAAAUCGCAAAGAGUUGACGAGAGAGGGACAACAUUUCUUGAAUGUGAUGUCAAUGAUAAAGAUGCUGAUGUACAGUGGUGGCACGAUGGAGUCAAGAUCGAACCUGAUGGUAAACAUUUCAAAGAAGAGCGUACGAUGAGAAAGCGUCGUUUGCAUGUGAUUGGAGCAAGGAUUGAGGAUCAUGGAGAGUAUAAAUGUAAAACAAAAGAUGACACGACGAUGGCUCAACUCAUUGUUGAACCCCUUAACAAGUUCAUCGUUCCUCUCAAAGACAUGGAUGUAAUCGAGAAAGAAACAGUUGAUCUCCGUUGUGAGACAAAGGACACAAAAACGCCUGGCACAUGGUUUGUUAAAGGAAAGCCAAUUUCAUCAAAACCUGGUGGGAAAUUCGAGUGUAGCUCGAGAAAUGGAGUGCACACAUUGAAGAUCUCGAAGAUCGAGAUGGGUGAAGGGGACACGUACGAGUUUGAUCAGGCUGGCCUUCGAGGCUCUUGCCUAGUCACAGUUGGUGAGGGUGAGAAGAAACCUGUCUUUAACUGGAAACCAAAAACAAUCGAGGCGAAAGCUGGAGAACCGUGUGAAGUGAGAAUCCCGUUCUCAAUCAAGGGACAGCGAAAUUUACCGAAAAUUCGCUUACUAAAGAAUGGACAACCCGUCGAUUUGGAUAAAAUGAGAGAUCUUGUUGAGGUGGUGAUUGAAGGCGACGAGGCAGUGAUCAAAUGGAAGAACCCAGCGCUCGCCGAUGCCGGGAAAUGGGCUCUCGAGUUGGGGAAUUCAGCUGGAACAGCCCUUGCACCAUUUGAGCUCUAUGUUAAGGAUAAACCAAAGCCACCGAAAGGCCCAUUGGAGACAACGAAUGUUACCGCUGAGGGCUGUGAUCUCAAAUGGGGAGAAGGAGAUAAAGGCGAGGAGAACCCGGCAAAAGCUUACAUUGUUGAGAUGCAAGAGGGACGAUCGGGUCAAUGGGCGAAAAUUGGAGAGACAAAGGGAGCUGGUUUCAAGGUGAAAGACCUCAAAGAACAUGGCGAGUACAAGUUCCGAGUGAAAGCACUGAACGAUGUCGGAUUGUCCGAUCCAUUGACUGGAGAGACGAUCCUCGCCAAGAAUCCUUACACUGUGCCCGGAAAACCGAGAAAUAUGGACUUUGUCGAUGUCGAUAAUGAUCACAUCACGAUUGCCUGGGAUCCACCAGAGGAUGACGGUGGAGCACCAUUAGAAGAGUAUAUCAUUGAGAGGAGAGAGAAGAGUGAAAAGGAUUGGAAUCGUGUUGGCUCGAUUGCGCAUGAUCCAAAAGAGGCUAAGCAGACGUUUACUGAUGAACGAGUGGUGGAGGGAAAAGAGUAUUAUUACCGGAUCAAAGCCGUCAACAAAGCCGGUCCCGGUGAUCCGAAUGAUCAUGGACGAUCGGUGAAAGCAAAAGCUAAGCCAAGUGAGCCUCGUUUCAUCAAAGGCGGCAUCAAAGAUCAACGCUUGAAAGUGGGUGAAACGAUCAAAUAUGACGUGCCGAUCUCUGGAGAACCGACGCCUGAAGUGAGCUGGUUGGUGAAUGGAAAACCACUGAAAUCGGGCGGUCGAGUGAAGAUGACAACAGAAAGGGGAAGACACGUGUUAAAGAUCGAGAACGCUGAGCGCGGUGAUUCGGGCAAGUUCACGAUUGUGCUCAAGAAUCCGUCGGGCACUUGCGAAGACUCGGCCGUGGUCACCGUUGUGGGUAGACCGGCGCCACCAGAGGGCCCACUUGACGUGAGUGAUGUGUGCGCUGACGGAGCGACAGUCGGCUGGAAUCCACCAAAAGAUGAUGGAGGAGAUCCGUUGACUGGAUACAUUGUUGAGGCACAAGAUUUGGAUCAAAAGGGCAAAUUUGUUGAGGUCGGCCGAGUCGACCCGGGCACCACGAAUCUCAAAGUGAAAGGCCUCAAGAACAAGGGAAACUACAAGUUUAGAGUCAAAGCCGUGAACAACGAGGGAGAAUCGGAGCCACUCACUGCUGAUGAUUACACGACGAUCAAGGAUCCGUGGGAUGAACCGGGAAAACCCGGGCGUCCGAUGGUCACCGACUAUGACGCCGAUCGGAUUGAUCUUGCCUGGGAUCCGCCAUUGAAAGACGGUGGAGCCCCAAUUGAGCAAUACAUUGUUGAAGUGAGAGAUCCGGUGACAAAAGAAUGGAAAGAGAUCAUGAGAUCACCAACGACGAAUGCUUCGGUGAAAGGACUCAAGGAGGGAUCUGAAUAUCAAUUCCGAGUGAGAGCUGUGAACAAGGGCGGCGCCGGUCAACCCUCGGAACCAUCUGAGAAACAAAUGGCUAAGCCGAAAUUCGUCCCUGCUUGGCUGAAACACGAAUGCCUUCGAUCGAUCACUGUGAAAGCCGGACAAUCUGUGAGAUGGGAUGUGAAGAUUGGAGGAGAACCACCACCGGAUGUAACCUGGACAAGAGACGGAAAAGCCGUUGAGAUGAACGCUCGGCUCUCGAUUGAGACAAAGAAAACCGAUCACACGAUUCUCUGCAUUUCAGCGGCAGCUCGAGGCGAUAUUGGAGAAUAUCGGUUGACAGUGAAAAACUCCUAUGGAGAGGAUACCGAGGCGGCAAAUCUUACGGUGCUCGAUCGCCCCGCGAAACCUGAGGGUCCACUUGAGGUCACCGACGUCUUCGAAGACAAUUGCAAUCUCGCCUGGAAACCACCAAAGGAUGAUGGCGGUGAGCCGAUCGAGUACUACGAGGUUGAGAAGCUCGACACAUCCACUGGCCGAUGGGUACCGUGUGCCAAAGUGAAAGACACAAAGGCACAUAUUGAUGGCUUGAAAAAGGGACAAACGUAUCAAUUCCGUGUGAAAGCCGUGAAUAAAGAGGGAGCAUCGGAUGCGUUGAAUGCUGAUAAAGAGACCAAAGCGAAGAAUCCGUACGAUGAACCCGGAAAACCCCCGCCACCCGAUAUUGUUGAUUGGGAUUCGAACAAGGUAUCCCUUGCCUGGGAACCUCCAAGCUCUGAUGGUGGUGCACCGAUCACUGGCUACAUCAUUGAAAAGAAAAGCAAACACGGAAAAGAGUGGCAAGAGUGCGCGAAAGUUGGUCCUCAAUGUGAAGCGGAUGUAUUGAAUCUGAAAGAAGGAGAAGAAUAUCAAUUCCGGAUCAAAGCUGUGAACAAAGCUGGCCCAGGAGAAGCCUCGGAUCCAUCACAACGUGUCACCGCUAAGCCGAGAAAUCUAAAGCCAUGGAUUGAUCGAGAGGCGAUGAAGACGAUCACCGUUAAAGUUGGACAAGAUGUAGAAUUUGAUGUGCCAGUGCGUGGUGAGCCACCACCGGACAAAGUGUGGACGUUCAAUGAGAAACCGAUCUCUGAUAAGAUUCGGGUGAACAAUGAGGACUAUCGAACUCAUUUUGUGCUGAAGGGUGCGCAAAGAGCCCAAGCUGGAAAAUAUACACUGACUGCAACGAACGCUAGUGGAAAAGACUCGCACACUGUCGAGGUGAUCGUGCUGGGGAAACCCGGAGCACCGAUGGGACCUUUGGAUGUGACGGAUGUGUUUGAGGAUCAUUGCACAUUGGAAUGGGCACCGCCUGAGGAUGAUGGUGGUUGCCCGAUUGAUCACUAUGAGAUAGAGAAAAUGGAUAUGGCCACGGGUAGAUGGGUUCCUUGUGGAAGAUCGGAUGGCACGACGACUCAAGUGGCGAACUUGCAACCCGGACACGAGUACAAGUUCAGAGUCAAAGCCGUUAAUAAGGAAGGAGAGUCAGAGCCGUUGACAGCAGACACGGCCAUCGUCGCCAAAAAUCCAUAUGAUUUACCUGGAAAGGUUGACAAACCAGAGCUUGUUGAUUGGGAUAAAGAUCAUGUGGAUCUUGCUUGGAAACCAGUGAAUGAUGAUGGAGGAGCACCCAUUGAAGCUUAUAUCAUUGAGAAGAAAGAUAAGAGAGGACGAUGGGAAGAGGCGCUUGUUGUGCCUGGUGAUGCGACAGCGGCUACGAUUGAUGGCUUGAAAGAAGGCGAAGAAUACCAAUUCCGCAUUAGAGCUAAAAACAAGGCUGGCAAAGGAGAAGCGUCUGAUCCAACGGACACCGUUGUGGCUAAAUGCAGAAAUUUGCCACCACACAUUCAUCGCGAAGACAUUGAGGAUCAUGUUUUACGAGUGGGCGGCGCUGUUGAUUUCAAGAUUCACAUCGAUGGAGAACCGGCACCGAAUGUCACCUGGACUUUCACUGGUGGAUCAGUGCAUGGUGCCGGCGUUCAAACAGACGAUCAAGAUUACCUCUCUCGUUUCUGUAUCCCGAAAGCCACGCGGAAACAAAGUGGCAAGUAUACAAUCACUGCCACAAACGAGAAUGGAACUGAUUCGGUGACAUUCGAAGUGAAAGUGAAAGGAAAACCCGGGAAACCGAAAGGACCGCUUGAUGUAACUGAUGUGUUUGAGGAUCGAUGCAAUUUAGACUGGAAACCACCAGAGGAUGACGGCGGAGAGCCGAUUCAAUUCUACGAAAUCGAGAAGAUGAACACAAAAGACGGAUUGUGGGUCCCAUGUGGUCGCACAGCUGACACAAAAUUCCAAGUGGACACCCUCAACAAAGGGGAUCACUACAAAUUCCGUGUCAAGGCAGUGAACGGCGAGGGAGCCUCAGAACCAUUGGAAAACGAGGCGGAGAUUCUUGCAAAAAAUCCCUACGAGAGACCGGAUAAACCCGGGAAACCUGAGCCAACCGAUUGGGACUUUGAUCAUGUUGAUUUGAAAUGGGAUCCACCAUUGAACGAUGGAGGCGCGCCUAUUGAAGAGUACCAAAUCGAGAAGAGAACAAAAUAUGGACGAUGGGAACCAGCAAUCAGUGUCCCUGGUGGUCAAACGACAGCCACUGUGCCUGAUUUGACACCAAACGAAGAAUACGAAUUCCGUAUUGUUGCUGUGAAUAAAGGAGGACCUUCUGAUCCAUCAGAUCCAUCAAAACCCGUUAUAGCGAAACCAAGAAAUCUGGCUCCCAAGAAUCGACCUUGGCGCUCCGAAGACAUCACCAUUCGUGCUGGCCAAAUUUUGGCUUUCGAUGUACCCGUUGACGGAGAACCAACUUCAACACUCCCCUGGUCUGGCCCUGGAGGAAAAAAAUUGAAAAAUGGAGGCGGGAUC